AUGGAGGAGCCACAGUUCAUAGACCCUGAAGUGACAUCGCCAACUAUUCGGUCCUCAUCACCUUCGCCUUCUAUUCCUGCCACGCCGGCUAUCUCUUCAUACUCCUCCCCGGAUCGCUCUUUCUCCUCCGUCUCCUCCCUCUCUGCCUCCUCCGCGACCUCUGCCGAUGCUCGGUCUACCGUCUCAACUUCUUCCCGUCGCCAUGGAUACACUCGUGCGCUCGGUGCUGAGUUCGCCGAGUCAGCUCGGCACCGAGACAGUGUCAUGAGCCUGGGCAGCAUUGCUCAUCUACAAUACUACUUCGCUCGGACGGGUCUGCUGGACGGGAAGACGGGCCGAGGCAAGGAGUUUAAGAAAAAGAAUAGCGAGAAUGUGCCCCGGUUGUUGAUCACCCCGAAUCAGGCACAUAUAGACGAUUUCGUCGCCAGUCCGUCUGAUAUAACCGAAUCACCAGAGUUUGAUCCCAAUGAGGACGAGGAGGGGGAGUUUAUGCUGCCACCUACCGUCAGCACGUACAGCAUUAAAACACAUCACAUUCCGCCACCGCCGGACCUGAUAUCGUUACGCCGCGAUCUACAGGUUGCGCUACAAAAAGCAGACAGUAAUAUUCAGGCGGUUGAAGAGGGGAUCGACCCUCCUCCUCGCGAACCAUUCCGUUCCAGUCUUUCUCCUAGUGAUGUUCCGGAGACGGAGGACGACCCGUCGCGACAAAUUCCGACACCACUGAAUAAGGAAGAGGCACAGGGCAUGGGUAUCCUGGAUGAUGUGACUAUGGCAAUUCGUGCUGCCAAAAUCUACUACACUACUCACCCGUACCCGGAUCGGCUCGCAUCUAUCAAGAGUGAGCGGGAGAUCCGAAAGGACCUCUUCCACGUUCUGGAUGUGCUGAAGCGAUGGGCAGCCCGGCAUUUUGCCUGUGGAUUGCGACCUGAAGAACGCGAUAUAAUCCAGGGAUGGAUGGCCGGGAUACGAACCAUGUUAGUCAGGGAGAAAGCUCUAGAAGACCUCGAGGCCCAAGAACGAGAAAACUGGGACUGGGCCCAAGGCGACUGGACCGGACGAGAGCGGUCCCGAGAGGAAUCUUUCCUCCGCAGCCUAAUGCCUGAGGGUCAUACCCUGCCAGAGUGGACACCGAUUGAGGAAGAUGCCAGCAUCGAGAACCUCCCCACUCCGUUUCUGGAUCGUUUCAGAGACGGUCGCAUCCUAAUCCAGUCACACAACAUUGCCGUCAAAAAGUCCAAGCAACCUUUUGGCGAGAUUAAGGCUUUCCAUGAGGAUAUCGCGAAGCCAUACCGACAAGCCGAUAACCUACGCUACUGGAUCAAAGCUGCAGAAUUGCGCUGGGAGCUCCGGUUCCAAGUGGACGUGAUGGGCGUGGUACAGAACAGCAGUAUUUCAGCCUGGAGGGAGUUUGACGCCGCGAUGCUAGCGUGGUGCAAAACAGUCCGCGAGCAACUGGUCCGAGAUUGGCAAGCAGCCAAUCCGGGGCGGCCGCCAAGUGCCGGAUUGAUUUAA